ACUCGCUAUGUAAAUUUUAAAUUCUGUUUGAAAGUUAGUCGAAUAAUCUUUUCUGUUUCUCACCAUAUACGUUCGAAAACGACUUAUUAUACGAUUUAAUUUAUUUUGUGAAUUAAAAACCACUGCGAAGUUAAAAAUUUGUAGAUAAUUACGGGAAAUAUUUUCCGUAGCGUAGACCCACGUUUCACCGUUGAGGUGUGAAGCGGUCGAAAAUGUGAAAUCGAACGGCGGAAGGAUAUUUCCAACCAUGUGCCGCGAAUUCUGACUCGUGCCUUCAAAAUGGCGUUGGAACGGAAUUUUUCUUACAUUACAAAUCCGAAAUUCGGAAGAAGAACGGGCAAAGACGUGUUGGGUGGAAAGACGGUAAGAAAGUUACCCGACGGAUUGGAGUUGUUCGACGAUUAUUGGACCGAUUCGGAGAACGAGCAGGUGAGUGAUUCUUCAACAAACAAUAAAGAAAAUACUGGCUUUAACAGAAAUGAAUCGCUUGUCAAUCAAGGAAAUUCGAGUUGCGUGGGUGGAGACACCCCUUUUACAAAAAGCUAUAGAAAUAGCCUAAGUGUUAAUGACAGUGCUGCAGAAUCUAUGGCUAAAGCAUGUAAAGGAGUCUGUUUCCAAACUAGGAGAACGUUAAAGUUCUCUGAUGAUCAGACCCCUGCUCAGAAAGUUUGCUCUAUAAGAAGGCAGAAGACGCCCAGACACACUACGGUGUCGUGCCCUGCCGAAAGCUCCAGUGGUAGUACUUCGUUACAUAGGAAGUCACUUUACGUGUUGUCGGAGAAUAAUCCUACUGCUUCUAAAGAUGGGAGCAGGGUUUCAAGAUUGGGUAAAAGUCAUCUGGAUGGUAGCCUCUUUUCUGGUGGCGAGGAUGCAGAUGAUGACUUUUCUCCCGUGUCGAAAAGCCGUGCUUCCAGCGGGAGUAAAGGUGGCAAAAAGCAAAAGCCGUCCCAAAAGAGUGGUUUCUCAACUGGUGAUUUGAGUGAAAGAAAAGACAAAGCGAAUAAUGAAAAGAAGAAGGCCGGACGCAGUAUGAUUCCAAAAUAUGUAGCUAAGAAAACUGUAAAUAAAUCUGUUAGGAGAUCUCCGAGGUUUACAAGUAAUGUGAUCUCUCUGGAAGAAGAACCACCUGAUAAAUUAGAUGAUAAUACCUUUGUUUUGUCUCAUUCGAAUUACGAGUCGGAUGAAGUUUUUUCUAAACAUCAUUCUGAACGUAAUCACUCUAAUAGAAAGAAUAUAUCUUGUCAAAGUAAUACUUCAAAACAGCAUUCCAGAAGAAAGGAAGAAAGCUCUGUGAACUUUCAACAAAGUCAAGAAAAUUCAGCAUUGAAUGCCUCUAAGAGAAAUCAAAAAUCAGUUUUAAAUGACACAAAUAAUUCAGUUGCAUCCCAAUUUUCUGUUGAUAAUGCUGAUUGGGAGACAUAUUCUUCAGAUAGAGAUGAUAAUACCAGUAAAAAUAAAUCACAGAAAGGAAAUAAAGAUGUUUCAAAGCAAAGUAAAACUCCAGUUAAUUUAAACAAGAAACAAAAUAAGUCAUUCCUUGACACAAGUGAAGGAAAAGAACUGAAUGGUUCCAAUAGAAACUCAAGCAGUAGAAAAAGAAAAAUGAAUGAAACUGAGAAAAUGGAUAAUGAAAAGAGUGUUAAAAAAUCUAAAGAGAGAAAACUGUUAACUCUGCCUCCUGCUCAAUCACCUACACCGGGAGUGAGGAGAUCAAGGAGAACUCGUGUUCCACCUUUAGAGUAUUGGAGAAAUCAAAGAUUAAAAUACGAUAAAGAACUUAAAACCAUUGGAAUUGAAGAAGGAUUUGAAUCAAUGACUAAAAAAAAUGUUAGAAAGAAGAAAUCAUCAAAUACUAAAAGUAGUAAAUCAGCAAAUACAUUACAGAUGUCUAAAUGUUCUGAAUUAUCCAUACAUGAUAAGUCAUUUAUUGAUGCAACAACUUCAAAUGACUUAAAUAAACAAGUAUAUUCUGCAAAUGAUUUUAUGAAUGGAGAUCUAGCUAUGCCAGAAUUGGUGAGUUUCUACAAGUCUCUUGAAUGGGUAACUCCAGAAGGAAAUCAGUCUUCUAAAGAUGAUCCUUUACAACUUGCCAAAUCAUUAAUUCUUCCCAAUGUUAUAACAGGCUUUAUGAAAAUAAGUUCACUUCAGGAGAAACCAUUACAAUAUUUUCCAAAACAUUCUGCCUUCUUUAAUGUGUUGUAUGGCAAAGUGGCUGUUACAAUCAAUGAUACAACAUUUAUACUAGAGACUGGUGAUACCUUUCACGUUCCAGUUGGUAAUCCAUAUAGUAUCAAAAACAUUCGACGAGAUAACGUAAAGUUAUAUUUUAUAAUGCUUCCCAUUCCUGAAGAGCUAGAAGAAUAUGAAGUAUAGACUGUGUGCAAAAGACUUUUUUUUGUAUUUGAACUAUAACUGAUAUAUUCUGUAGUGUAGUAAGCACUAAUGUUUAAUGGGAAUAAUUUCAUUUGGGGUUAUUUUCAUAAGCAUAUGUAUCUCUGAACUCUCUGAAAGUUAAACUCUGAGAUUUCAAAUAUUUUAUUCUUACAUACAAAGUUUUAUAAUUAAAGAUGCAUGAAAUUUCCAUAAUGAUUUCAUGUGUCUUUUAUUGGUAUAAAUUUACAUUAUGCUUUUACUACUAUAUAUAUAUAUAUAAAAAUACCAUAAUUUCAUGUUAUAUAAUUAAUAAAUACUUAAAUUUCAUAUAGUUGUCUUUAUUUUAAAAUAUGGGGAAGGAAAAAAUGCUUUGAUAGCACAAAUGUACACAAAAAUUUCAUUUUAACAUUAAGUAAUGAUGAAUUUUGUACAGAUACAGAAAUUUUUUAAUUCAUCCACAUUAAAUAUUUACAUUCUUUGGAAUUAAGUACAAAAUUGCUAUGGAGAACUUAUCAUACAGGAACAUUUUUUCAAUGGAAAAAGGAG